GGUGCGUUCUAGGUUCGGCCUGGUGUCUGCCAAGAUCAAAACGCGACUCAACCCCGACGGAAUACGAACUGCCGAGUAACGCGACACUUGUCUUAGCAAGUUCUCUAAGAACCGGUUUCACGUGCGACGAACGAGUUUAUGGCUACUAUGUCGAUACAGAGAACAGUUGUCAAGUGUUCCAUGUGUGUUAUCCUUAUGUUGACGUCGAUCUUCUUAUCAAAGUGAGGAUGUUUUCUUUCAUCUGCGGUGAAGGACUUGUAUUCGAUCAGUCGAGGCUGGUUUGUGACCUCCCAGAAAACUCCAUCCCUUGCGACAUAGCUAGUCAGUACUACGAUAUCAACAAUUACUUUGGACGAGAAGACCUCAAUUUCGGGGAAGGGGAAAUCCCCGAAGCACCUGAGAGAGAUUUUCAGAUACAGACUUUUGCUGAAUUCAGUCGGAAUCUUCAGUAGAAAAGUAAUUUUCUCCAUUUUAGCAUUUUACGAUAUACAGAGAAUAUGUCUUUUCUACUCCUUCUAAGUGUUUCUUCUAAUAGUUUACUUUAUCGCCGCUGAGCGGUGAUUGUUUUUGUUUUUAUGUCCAUUUUAAUUGUAGUGUGUUUGCUAAAUGAAGGUCAGAUUUUGUUAAUUAUACAGUUAAUCAACAUUCGACGCAAGAAUAAGACAACAAUAGAAAUGUCUUUAAGUUCUGUACAUCAAAAUUAAUUCUAGAUUUAGCGUGGAAUGUAUCUGAUUGUUUGUCUCUGAUUUCUUGCGUUUAAUGUGUAAACGUAGGCUGGUCCUACCGUCUCUUUAUUUACGUUUACUUUUGUUAACUCUAGAUAAACAUACACGGCAUAACUGAUGUUACUUUUGUCGGUACUUUUAAAUAAAGAUAUGAUAAACUUA